ACAUUGUCUCAAGACCGCCGCCGUAUUCCCCUUCAUCCCACUCCUCAGACAGAUCGUUUGGGACGGUCAUUUUGGCUUUAGCUAUUGCUGUGUCGGACAUCACUGUAGGCGCCGCAGUCAUAAACACAAACCCCACAAACAAAGCCACAACUCUCACCCCCGACAAGGCCAAGGGAGGAACAUGGAAUUCCAGCACUCCAUCUCGAAGCAGCAAAGCCACAGCUUUCGUCCCAGAGAAAGGGCAAUAGACAUAGAGCUUGGGUUCGAUAAGAAUAUUGCAGCUUCUAAACCUGUUACCAAUGGACAAAAUAGAGAGAGCAGCACCAUUUCAUCAUUUCACACGGUAAUUUUUUUGGGCCCAUUUAUCAUGGCAUUGCACAUGUGACAUAUCACUUCCACCACGCGCCACCAUCAAUACCACACUCCACAACAAGGAGCGUGUGUCGAACCCAAAGCAAAAGAGAGUGUAACAAAAGUUUCACAUUCCAGAGUCUUGGAUGAUUGAAUUCAGUUACAGGUAGCCAUCAGUGGAGCAAAUUUUUAACCUACUGAUUCUGGCAAAAAAAGUAAUCAGUCAAAAACUGAGCGUUGCAGAUAUCAGCUGCAAAAAGAUUUGUUACUGUUAAGCAAGGAGACAAAGGCAUGCGACAUUUGGAGACACCGGUGGAGUGGCUCAGGCCUUUUGUUGAGUCAAAGGCUUGGGACUACUGUGUUGUGUGGAAGUUGGGUGAUGAUCCUUCAAGGUUCAUUGAAUGGAUGGGUUGCUGUUGCAGUGGGGGCGGUGGUAAUUAUGGCAACGUAAAUGUUAAAGAGGAAAGAGAAGUACAGGUUCCUCUCUGCAGGGAUGCUCACUUUAAGCAUCCUGUAAGGUCUAACGCCUGCGAAGCUCUUGCUCUUUUGCCUUCUUUCAUGCCUCUUUAUUCUGGGAUCCAUGGCGAGGUGGUGACAGCAAACAAACCCAGGUGGCUGAGCAAUACCCAUGCCUCGGACUCAACUCAAUCCCCUGAAUCAAUUGGAACCCGAGUUUUUGUCCCAGUUUUUGGUGGUCUCAUUGAGCUCUUUGCUGCCAAACAUAUAUCUGAAGAUCAGAAGUUCCUAGAGUUAAUUAUAGCUCACUGUAAUUUCUCUGUUGAACAAGUCCUGAGUGCAGGAAGUUAUGCAAAUUUGGAUCUUAAUGAAAGUUUUGAUCCUUUGCUGGAGGAGAACUUACAAACUUACCCUCCUUCACUUCAUUCGUUAACUUUCAUCCCGAGGAUACAGGUUCUUCCCCAAGUAACCCAAUAUAGCACCCAUCUAAGCAACGAAGGAUCGUCCAAUAUUUACAAUAUUUCAAAUGAAAAUCCAUUAUUUGACUCAAGUUAUGGCUAUGGCUAUGCUCCUUUAAAUGGGCCUCUGCAGCAGUCAAUUAGGAAAUCUUCUACCUGCAAAAUAGCCAAGAAAGACAACACUGUCUUGAAAGAGCAAACAGGGUUGGUACUAAGUUGUGACAAAAAGGCUCCUCGAAAACCGGAAAAGGAACACUGCCAUUCCAAGAAUCUUAUCACAGAAAGGAAGAGGAGGAACAAGAUUAAAGAUGGACUCUUUACUUUACGAGCUUUAGUUCCCAAGAUCUCCAAGAUGGACAGAGCUGCUAUUCUUGGAGAUGCUAUUGAAUAUAUAAAGGAGUUGCAGCAGGAGAAGAAGAAGCUCCAAGCUGAGCUCAAGGAAAUUGAAGAACCGGACUGUAAAAAGGAGAAUGCAGAAAUUAAACAGUCAAAUUUAGAUGAGUUGCAUGAAGGCACCACAAACAUGUCUCCUACUGAGCACAAUAAAAAUACCCCAAGCUGUGGCGAAAAUGAAAAGACAGAGGUGCAAAUAGAAGUGAACCAUAUCAGCAAAAGAGAUUUCUUGAUAAAGUUAUUCUGUGAUCAGAAGCAAGGUGGGUUUGCAAGAUUGAUGAAAGCUAUAAAUUUUUUGGAUCUUCAAGUAGUUGAUGCUAAUGUUACCACAUUUAAUGGAAAGGUCCUGAACAUUCUCCGGGUUGAGGUAAGAUUGAUAGCAAUGAACAGAAUAAGGCCCGUAAGAAGGAUACUCCAUUAAAGAAGUUGAGAGACACAUUGAUCGAGCUGACAAGGUAGACAAAUCAGCUAGCAGAUAGAAAGUAAAGGAAAAUUGAGGGCUCCUCCAUUCAAUCUAAACUUCAUUUAACAUUGUUCUUGUAUAAGACAGCUAUGAUGUUGAAUAUGAUUUAGCUUUAGCUGUUGAAACUAUGGACGUAUGAACUUGGCCUCUUCUUAUUGGUUUCUUUUAGGGUUUACUAUCAUUAACUGUCUCUGGCAUGCAACUCUUGUUAUUAUCCUUUCAUUUAUGCAAAAGUUCAGGGCAUAAUCAAUCUGACUUAAUAUGAAAUAUUCAUUUCUUCUGGGUUUUUA